CUCGUCAAACAAUACCACGAUCGCUGCCAGUUAAAGAACGCUAAGUUGGAGGUGAGCAAACGUCGGGCACUCGAUGCAAUCACCGCACUCACCUCCCAAUUCGCUAUUACACUCAAUUAUGGCGUCUCCGAGGCUUACGAAAACCAAUGCCGCCUUAACGCUGAGGUGAAGAAACUGCAACGCAAUAUUCAGAACUUCGUUCGUCAGGUGGAUCUUUGGAAUAAACAAAUUUCAGAAAUCAGCCGCGCUAUUAAAGAGCUCGGGGACAUUGAAACGUGGUCGCAAAAACUGAAUGUUGACAUGAAUUGUUACCGAACUGUGCUGCAAUACAGUUCAUAUCCUAAAAAUCCAUCUCCAGUUCGAAAUUACCACUAG